GGGCAAACUCUGGAAGUCCCCUCAGGGAUGCUCUUCAGAAGGAAGUGCUGACAGGACGAGUAACUGGAGGCCAUGAAGCCCAACCAAACAGCUGGAAGUGGCAGGUAUCACUUCAGAUUGCCUAUCCUAAUGACCCAAGGCCCCCAGGAGCAUCUUACUGUGUGGCUCUGGGUGAGCACGAUCUCUUGGAAAUGGAUGGCAUUGAGUACUAUAUUGAUGUGGAUGCAAUCUUCAUUCAUGAUGGCUGGAAUCCCAAUGACUUUGCCAAUGAAGACAUGCCUCUCUACCCAGGGUCCACUGAAAUUCACUCAGAGCUAUGGCAUUGCCCUGCUGCACCUCGAAUCUCCUGGUAUGCCGAUGGGUUUAUUGAGCUGGGAGUGCUUCCACCUGAAGAAGAAAUUUUUCCCAAUAACUAUCCCUGCUAUGUUAGUGGCUGAGGGGUGGUUAGUGGUGGCAGCAGUGCAGACAGACUGCAGGAGGUCAUGCUGCCUGUGGUUGACCAUGACAUCUGCUCCCAGGAUGACUGGUGGGGAUCCCAAGGAAAAUACACCAUGCUCUGUGCAGGUGGAGAUGGUGUGAGGGCUGGAUGCAGUGGAGACUCUGGGGGCCCUUUCAGCUGCUACAGAGACAAUCACUGGGAAGUCCAUGGGAUUGUCAGUUUUGGGCUAGUUCCCUACCGUAACACCUACCAGAAUCCAACAGUCUUCAUAUGUGUGUCAGCCUGCGUGGACUGGAUCUACAAU